UUCAGUAUUUAACGUUAAAUCACAUCACCUCGGAUUUCACAGAGCAGAGCAUCCCGUCCUCCUCCUUAUUUCUCUCUCUCCCACUUCUCUCCCUGCUACGCGGCCAUAUGUUUCAUGUCCCGAUUCUGACUUUUAUUCCCUCCCGCGCCUACUUUAUCUUCUCUUUUUCGCUUUGCUUGUCCUGGCAUUGUUUGUUUUGGUUUCUGUGUUCUUUGGUUGUUCCUUUAAAUUUUUCUGAAGUCUGAAGAAGCUAAAACAGUGCCCAUGUGCUUUUCUUUUGUUUGCUUUUGAGAACUGGAAGAAGAGAAGGAAAAGAGACUGAGUGUUUUGAGCCUCUUUCAUUACAAAACACUGAAGAGAUGACCAAAGAAGAUGACUUUAAGCUCCUCAAGAUCCAGACUUGUGUUCUCAAAGUGAACAUACACUGUGAUGGUUGUAAGCAGAAAGUAAAGAAACACCUUCAGAGGAUUGAAGGAGUUUACCAAGUAAACAUAGAUGCCGAGCAACAAAAAGUCACAGUUUCAGGUACUGUAGAUACCGCAACUUUGAUCAAGAAACUAGUCAGAGCUGGGAAACAUGCUGAGGUUUGGUCCCAAAAGUCCAAUCAAAAACAAAAUAACAACUGCAUCAAAGAUGACAAGAGCAAUAAAAGUCAAAAGCAAGGCUUGGUCAAGGGCCUCGAGGCCUUCAAGAACCAGCAGAAAUUCCCUGCAUUCAGCUCUGACGAAGAUGAUGACUAUCUUGAUGAUGAAGAAGAUGAUGAUGGGGAUGACCUCGGAUUUCUUGGACCUAGUCAACUGGGUCUUCUCAGGCAGCAUAUCAUGGAUGCAAACAAAGCAAAGAAAGGUAUCGGUGCCAUUCCUCCAGCUUCUAACAAUGGUAAUGAAAUGAAAAAUCUUGUAAAUGGGAAUGCUGGAAAGAAAGGAAACCCAAAUCAAAAUAUGGGAAUGAAGGUCAAUCCAGGGGGGAUAGAUCAGAAAACCAUGGCAGCAUUGCAAAUGAAAAACGCUCAAUUAGGUGGUGGAAACAUCAGUGCUGGGGAGGGCCAAAGGGGAAAUGACACUAGCACCGUGAUGAACCUUGCUGGUUUUCGUGGAAAUGAUGCUAAUGUCAGCAAUGCAGCAGCUGCUAUUGCUGCAUUAGGAGGUAAUCCCAACGGUCUAGGGUUGCAAGUUCAAUCCAAUAAUAUCGGGCAUCAAGGACCUUCUGCAGCAGCGGGAUUUCCGACUGGUGGAUAUCCCACAGGUCAGUACCCAUCAUCCAUGCUGAUGAACAUGACUGCAAAAAACCAUCCAGCAUCAAUGAUGAUGAACAUGCAAAACAGGAAUGGCAUGCAACAACCCCAGAUGAUGUAUCACAGGUCUCCCUAUAAUCCACCGAACACUGGUUAUUGCUACAACCCUGACCCUCAGCUAUCUCAACCGUACGCUGACCCUCAGCUAUCUCAACCGUACGCUGACCCUCAGCUAGCUCACCCCUUCGCUGACCCUCAGCUAGCUCACCCCUACGCUGACCCUCAGCUAGCUCACCCCUACGCUGAACAACCUAAUUAUAAUGGUGAUUGCUCUGCUGCAGCAUCAACAGAAAUGUUCAGUGAUGAGAGCACUAGCAGCUGUUCCAUAAUGUAAUGAAAGCAUGUAGAAAGAGUAAAAAACGAAUGGUGUGCUGACUUGAAUAAAUGUAAUGUUUAGGGGAGUUGGUUGCUCUCGUCAGUAUUCUCCGGUGGUGUGGUCUGGAGGAACAGGUCGGAUUGAGAUUUGAGAUGCAGGAUGACUCUGUAGUUAGUUCUGAAUCUUCUUUUUUUUAGCAGUGUAUCGUUUAGUCGUUAAGAUGUUUGUUUCUAAAUUAGUCGAGCUCUCUCUUGUUCUUUUAUUUGUUUGAAUGGUUUGUGGAUUGUGUAAGCCGCGCUACCAGCGAGUAAAUAAACAAAAGGGAGUGAAUUAUUGAGUAAAAUAUAAAUGUUGGUGUAUA